GGAUCAGUCGUACGUCGAUCCUUCGCCACGUGAUCACGCUCUCGUCCACGUCAUCGCGUGGAGGGCUGGGCCAAGUGAAGAAGGGGAGGCGGCUGAUUGGUCUGGCGACAGCGUAGCUCCUCCCACCACAGUCUCAGCUACUGGGUGAACAGAGUAUAGUCAUAGCCGCCUCGCAACUCAUUUUGACAGAGGGGGCGGGUUUUAGAAGACCCCCCCCCCCUCCCCCCCCAAAUGGAGGGAAAUCCUCCAUUUGGGGGUGGGCAAGGGGGGGGGGGGGGGGUCUUUUACAGCGGAGCUGUCAAGGGCUAGUUUCUCCAGUUUCGUGUCCGUGGACAAAUGAAUCUCGACACAACCCUCUGGACAGCUACCGCCAUCUAUUAGCGACGGUGGCGUAAAAGCUUUUUCUUCUUCUUCUUUUUUUUUUUAAUUUGAUAUUAGAUUGAUUUUUGUUCUUCAUGUAUGAUUUUAUUUUUGUCCUUUUUUUUAAAUCUGAUAUUGGACUAAUUUUUGUCUUUCACGUAUAAUUUUUUUUUUUUUUUUCCUCAUAGAAAACAUUGGUUGUCGUAAAGUUGGCUCUGCCGUGCGGUCGGUCGCAAUGCGGGGAAGCCGCGCUCGAUGUGCUAGUUGCACAACAAUUAAUUGCACAUGUGCAACUGUAGCCGAUCUCACAAACGCGUGGAUUGCGGUUAAAAAAUUGAAAAUAUCGCGUUAUCCGGGUUUAUCUGAACGAUGGUUAGUGACCCAUGAAAGUCUGGAAACAAAGAAUUUGCUUGAGUUUUCAACGCGACAGCCGGAUGUGGCGUUCCCAGCAAAGUUUUUUUUCGCGUUCUCUUAUUUCGCGUCUGGAAUCCCAGUCCUGUAAAUGAAUAUCGGUUUGCGUCCGGAGCGUGGGUGGGUGGUCUGUCUUUCCUUACAGCGAGCCUCACUGGAACGACGCGGCGUGGCGCUAAUCGUCGUCUGGCGGCGAUCUCUCGAAGGCCGAAUGUCGUACGCGUCUGGAAGUCAUCCGACCUAAUUUUUUCUGCUCUCGUUCGUUUGAAUCCGCUCGCCCUUUUAUGCACCCUUGGUCCUCUUGUCCUCCUCUCCGCCUAUCAACUUCCUCAUUAAAAAAGAGACUGACAAGAAGGCACCGGAAAGAGCGCUAAUGGAAACGGGAAAGGGCAACGAGGAUUCCAAGCUGAUUCCAAGCCACGGAAAGAGGACGUCGUCGUCUGCUGAAUGUCCUUUUGAAACCGCGCCGUUACCCUGUCUCUAAGACGACCUGUACGUUCCGACCUUGCGGACAAGAGUGUGUGGUGGCCUACGGGCUGUGGACUGGAAAGACAAUGACGCUUCCCAACCCGUAUCCAACGUUCGUGGCUCACCGACCCCCACGGAGUCCAUCUCCGCGGCUCGGUCGAGUCGACUCGUCGGCCCAGCCUCGUCGCGUCGUAUCCAGCCGUCGCAGGAAGGCGAUUCCAACAGUGUCGGCGUCGACGAUGACUUCGUCGACCAUAACAGAGGACGAGGAGAGUAGCGGCGGCAGCGAGUGCAGUACGGGACGGCGAUGUCGAAGGGGUUGGACCCAUCGGGAUGCGCUGAUGCUGACGGACGCAUUUCGUAAUCCCUGGUGGAACUUGCUCCAGCAACAGCAGCAGCAGCAACAACAAACGUGCCCCUGGUUCGCGGCGGGGAUGCCGCCUUCUCCGCCGCCCGCGCCGCCCUGGUGGUGGGCGCCGGAGUCUGCUGUGCAUCAUUGCUGCACUCCGGUGUCUGGUGACUACGGCGACCUGCAGGACAAGGUUUCCCACCUCGAGAGCGAGAAGGAAAACCUGGCACUCCAGGUGAGUGUCCUCACCGACCAGCUCGAGCUGCAGAAGGACAAGCUGCUGGAACUGGAGGCAGCUCUGGCCGAGAAGAAGCAGCUUCUGGAAAGGACGGAGCAUCUUCUCAAGCAGGAGGUGUUGCUGAAGAAGAAGAUUGAGGCUGACCGCCUGGACAUUCUAGCCGACAUACCGGCACUGAAGCUGAAGGUAGCCACAACCGAACGGGAGAAGUCCGAGCUCGAGAGCAAAGUCAAGAAGUUGGAGACAGACGUUGUCCUUCUGAGGUCUUACCUUGCCGAGCGGGAGGCAGAACUCAUCACAAAGUGCGGGAAGAUCUCUCAUCACGGCUCUGUGUCUUCGGUCGGCGAUGGCAGUGGUCUUCGCUCGACCCCUACCAAGUUUGGACCGGGGCUCGACUGGAAGGAGAAAUCACCGGUGUCUUGUGAUGGCAGUGGCGACAAGCAAAUGUGCUCGGAACGGGAGGCACGCCUCACAGAGAAGCCUCCGAUGUGCCCCCGCAGUGCGUCGGCCACCCUGCCUUCGAACCACUCUGCUCUGAGGGCGAGCACGCCCUUGCAAAGCCUACACCGAGCCAACAGCGACGACGGCAUGCACAUGGCUGGUGGGGCCCGGCAGUACAGCAACAGCCUUCCGCGCAACCACGGCCACCAGGUGAAGUUGCAGGUGCCGGAAGAGCGGCCGGCCGAAGCACAGGACUCCGCGGGGGGCAGCUACCGGUCGCGCAAGAGCUCGACGGGCGUGUCGUUCGGUAAAGGCUUUUUCCGCUUGCGGUCUUCUCGGCGAACCUGCAGCGCCCCCGAACUAGCCCAGCCGGAACUGGUGGUCAUCCGACCGGGCUGCCAGACUUACUCUCCUCCUUCGACCUCCUCGACACUCAAGCACAGCAAGAGCAGGGGAAUCAAGAAGAUGUUCGGCAGGCUGAAGAGGAGCAACUCGCACACGAUGGACGUGUCGGACAGUUUUCAUCGUGGCGGUCUUCGAGCGACCGCGGGACCACGGCUGGGAUGGGCGCCCCCUUCGCAGAACAGUAGCCACUUCACGGAGAAGCCGGUGUCUCAGUGGAAGGCGGACACCAUCUCGAGCUGGAUGGAGAGCAUGGGUCUGGCGGUGUACAACGACACCUCGAGGUCGUACCUGUGCGACGGGACCAAGCUGCUCAAGGUCACGGCCUCCGAAUUGGAGAAGGACCUGGGGAUGAAGAACCCCCUGCACCGCAAGAAGAUGCUGCUGGCGGUGGAGUCGCUGAAGCCGGACGCGAGCGAGCUGGUCAGGGCAGCCUCCCUGCUGGACUGGCAGUGGACGCUGCGCUGGCUGGACGACGUCGGCCUGCCCCAGUACAAGGACGCCUUCAGCGAUGCCCUGGUGGAUGGACGAGUGCUCAACGUCCUCACCGUGGAUGACCUGGUUCAUAUGAAGAUCACAAACCAGUUUCACCACAUCAGCAUGAAAAGGGGAAUUCAGGUUCUGCGGCUUAACCAAUUUGAGCCUUCCUGCCUCAAGCGAAGGUCCUUACCCGACGAGCCGAAGCAGUACUCGCCGCUGGACGUUUCUCUGUGGACCAACCAUCGGGUGAUGGAGUGGCUCCGGACGGUGGACCUGUCGGAGUAUGCCCCCAACCUCCGCGGAAGUGGGGUCCAUGGAGCACUGUUGAUCUACGAGGACGCGGUGACGUGCGACGUGUUUGCGGCCAUCUUGAGCAUCCCGGGGAGCAAGACGCUGCUGCGUCGGCACCUCUCACUGCAGAUGAAGCAGCUGCUGGGACCACGCAUCAUGCAGCGCAAGCGCUCCCGAGAGUCCGACCCCGGCCACGUGCCACUCUCGCCCAGCGCCAAGGUGAAGACUGCAAAGAAAAGCCAGUUCUCGCUUCGCUGGCGCAAAUCCAAGUCCGGGGAAUCCCAAGCGUACGUCUGCCCGUUCGAGCCGGACAGCGUGGUGGAGGACGUGUCCUUCGAGUCGACCGGCGACAGCUCCCUCGAUAGUUCCUUCUCGUCCAGAGAAAAAGAUGCCAAGACUGCCCACGAAAUCGAAGCUGUCUCCAAUGAGAUAUCAUCCUUCAUGAAACUCCAAGAGGUCAAGAACCUCGACUCCUUAGCUUCGACGAACAUUUGAUCAGACGCCGCUCGGGUAUAAGAGUGCCUUAGCCCGUUUUCAUAACUGAAACAAAGAAGAAAAGCACAUACCAAAGCACAUUCUAGCUUUACAGUGAAUUGCGUGUGCCUUUUGUGGGGACUUCCAUGGUUGGACGGUCUCUAUAAUGAGCAGGUCUAGUGACGGGGCACUCUGCGGCUUUUAUGCGUAUAAUUUAUUUAUUUGUCACGCUGAAGUCUGGCCUAAUUAAAAGAAAGAAAAGGCAAUGCCGGUGCACAACAGGGAAUCAAAAGAAGGUUUUUGACUACGAACACCCUUUGUGCAGCAGUCCCGUUGCAUGCCGAGAAAUGCAAGCGUCGCUUUUCCGUUGUCCCAUUACCGAAGGUAACAACCCUUUCUGCAGACCCCAGUAAGCAGGUGUAAAAGUGCAUUCACACUUGCGAGUCGCAGCUGUCGGGCGACAAAUUUUAUUGCAAAAGUGGCAGUCGCAAGUCGCGAAAGCGACCGGUCUAGAGCGGCCGCUUUGCGGCUGAACUAAUCAGCGGCAUCUCAAAAGUGACGUGCGGUGCGCCUCGCGUUUGUUUACGUCCGGCACGCCGAAUUUCUGUGGGAGAAGCAACCGACACGUCCAUCCAAUGCUGCGGCGGCCUCGGUUUGCUGUAGUGGCCGUGGUUACAGAGCCAAGGAGGUCCUUGCGGUGGCUCUGAUCGGCGCUUUUAAAAAAUACCCAUCUCUUCGUAAAAGCAGCACCCCGACUUGAGCGAGCGGCCGAAAAAUGACUCGGCCCGGCAGCAAAUUUGUGCCGCUUUUGGCUCGACAGAUGCAUACUGCGACCCGGUAGCGGUGGUAGCUCGAGCGAGCGUUCACCGACGAAGCGAUAUUGCUUUGUUUUACGGUUACAAAGGACCCAGGCCAACGUAGCAAACCUUUUUUUUUAUAUGGCAACAAUGACGCACCUGUAGCCGUGGGACAACGAAAAUGAGAAUGCAGCAAAACGUGAACCCGAGCUGUGGCGGGGAGGACAAAAUCAACGGUGGGGAUCUUGAGAGGUUUCGAGAAGCGACUCGCAAAUCGCCCGCAGCGUGAUCGUCGGUGGUCGCUUGUAGCACGUUGCUAGUCAGACGCACGGCUGUCGCGAGUUGCAGGUGUGAAUGCGCCGUAAGCGGUGAAGGCCAAUGAGCUAAGUAAACCAACAAAAAUGUGGCUGAGCGGCAAAUUUGAGUGUGCAUGUCUUGCUGUCAUACGUUAACGCGUCGGUAAAGCAAAAUUUUUUUGGGGUGGUUUCGUUCUGUUUGAAACAUUGCAGCUAAUCUCUCUCCGUCUGAGACGUUUGUUUGCUCCCACAGCUGAGUGCAGCACCGCUAAAGGGGUGACCUAAAUGAAAUUAAGUUUAGUUUUAUCAUUUUAAUAGUUUGAAAAAUGUAGCGGAGGUGUUCCACUGUAAUAUUGUGCCAAGUUCUGAUCGAGAAAGACUGUUUGUUCACUGUCGAAUUGCACUGUUCAUGCACGAUGUGCCCCAAUUUGUGAAGAGCUUCCAAAGCUAUGCGCUGGCGCGUCCCUACCUCUUGGUCAUAGCUUCGCCUAAUUUCAUGAUAUGUCUCGCACAACUCCACAAAUAUCAAGCAAGGUUAGAGGAAUCCUAAGAGCAGAAUGUUUGUAGCUCUGACAGCAUUGUACGCAGUCCUUGCAACAAGAUAGAGGACAGGAAUGCGUGUUUUGCACUUCCAUGCUUAUUUUGCACACGCUUUUUACGCGGAUUUUAAAAUGUGCCUCGUCUGCUGCGAAGGAAUGUAAUGGCACGAAAUGCAUUUCACCGAUGUACUUGCUCGGUGUCGGUGCAGCUUCAGACUACGUAGCCAUUUGUAGUGGGGGUAUACUCUGAAAUAUGACAGUCAUAUGUAGGUCCGUGUGUGCUUUAUCGAGGUAUUUUUAUACGAGAGUUUGUCUCCAUACCUUUAAAUUGAAGACAGCCACUUUACAAAAGAAGUGCCUUUGUGAUGGACCUUAUGCAGUGAGUGUUGUGUUCAGCCAUUGGCAGGUGCCUUGUCAUGUACUUGAAAUAAAUUUUGUACCAUCAAAUUA